AAGAAAACAAAUAUGGGGUUUGAUAAUUUUGACGUUGAAGUGUUUUGAUGAAAUUUAAACAAGUCAUUUUAUAAUUUUCCACGUUAAUUAUUAAUUUUCGAUUGAUUUAUAUGUGUUAUUGCGUUAAUAUUCUUCUUGUAAAAAUCGACAAUACCGAAGACAAUGAAUCGCGAGGACGUUAGAAACACCGUUCUCGAAUUGAUGGGUCAAAAGGAAAAAAUCGAAAAUCAAAUCAAAGAAUUAAACACCAUUCUGGCCCAAAACGGCGUAGGAAUGAAAGACCCGUUAGUCGAUUCCGAAGGUUUUCCAAGCAAUAAAAUCGACGUCUAUCAAGUGAGACACGCUCGCCACCGUAUCAUAUGCCUCCAAAACGACCACAAAAAAAUAAUGAAAGACAUUGAGAACGGUUUGCAAGGCUACUACGGAACAACAUCGUUAGAACCGGCCUGCGAACGACCCACCCCAAUGGACACUGCCCAAGCGGAAACUAUCACAUACACCGCUCCUUUUGCUAAAAUCACGUUCGUCAGCGACAAUUCGCCGGCUUAUUACGCCGGUUUCGAAGCGAACGACGAGCUGGUGGAAUUCGGUUCAGUAAACUCCACCAAUUUCAAAAACAUCACCGACAUAGCCACGGUAGUGCAGCAUUCCGAAGGCAAUCAACUCAACGUUCGAUUGAAAAGGGGCAGUAGAACGUUUGUGGUGCAAUUGGUGCCGAGGAAAUGGAUGGGAAGAGGCCUGUUGGGCUGUAACAUUAUUUCAUUGUAAAUGUAAAUUCGCUAUACAUUAAUCAGUUGCUUCGAUUGUGUCAAAUAACCGCUACAAAAUAAAUUGUAAUUUAGCAGGAGCUUGUAAAAACUCCUCGAUAUAACUACAAACGAUGUCACCAAUUUGGAACACCUCUCUGCUAUUCUCUACAAGAGAAACUGAUAGAAAAUUCAUCGUCUCAAACCCAGAGGAAUUUUCAUGUUAAAUUGUUUCAAGGUUAAAUACAAAUAAGCAUGUUUUGUAAUCAUAAAGUUCAAAAGAUUAAAUAAUUU